AUGUCCCUUGACAUCUCUCCUCCUCUCCACCUCGGUGUUACAUCAUCCAGAGAAGAGAUGGCCGCCAGUCCCACUCUAGAGCACCUUACUGAUCCGGAUUGUCGAGAGUUGAUAUCUGGUGGACGCCUUCUGAUUGAGAUAGGGAUGUCCGAGGACGAGGUUACUGCCCAUCAGCAUCCUCCUCCUCUUUUUUGCCAUCCUCUCCGAACUGAAUACCUCGUUGACUUAUACACAGCGGUUCGGGAACACUUUAGAGCGUUCAUUCCACCCCUACUAGGGGCGGCCUCAACCUGCGAUACCGACUGCCCACUGUGGUUCGAUGUCCGUGUGAAUGGGAGCGAGUGCACCUCUCUCAACUGGACAACACCCUUGGGAGUCCUAUUCGAUCUCCAUGGUCCCUUAGUACGAGAGGGAGUACCCGCAUCAAUGCCAUGGAAGAUAACCGUCCAUUUCAUGUAUUAUCCAUCACCACAGAGUAUCCCAGAGUUCAAGCUGAUGUACAGCGUCUACGCCGCCGAGAUCCUUACUUAA